AUGGCUCGCGGCGCAGAUGACGAUGAGGACGAGUUCGUCGGUUCUGCAUCAGAUUCUGAGCCGGAAUUCAGCCUCGGCACUACUCGCGCGCAACGCUCUGGGUUAGACAGCCGGGGCAGGAGAGAAACUUCCAGUAGGACAAAUGGAAUCGAACAAGCAAGCGCUGAUGCCGGCCCAUCAUCGGCUAGUCGAUCAAAGCAACGAAAGGGGAAUAAAGCCAAGCAAGGAUAUGCGUGGGAAGCCAGUUUCAAGCGCAGCUGGGAUGCGGUCAGGGAGGAUGAGUCGGGCGGCAUCGAAGCUGCAGUGAGAGGCCUUCUGGAAUGGAAGAGGCGCAAAGCCAGACCGCUUGCCCAAGCUGUGCAGAGAGGAAUCAUCAGGCAUUUGGUGUUGAUUAUCGAUCUGAGUGAGAGCAUGUCGGAGCGCGAUCUUAGACCCAGCAGGCACGCUUUGUGCCUGCAGUACGCCAAGGAAUUUGUGGCGGAGUACUUCGACCAGAAUCCGAUUGGCCAAUUAGGCAUCGUGGUGACGAGGGAUGGGAUAGCUGAGCGCAUAGGUCCACUAGGUGGUAAGUGGGGCUCACCACGUCUGCAGUAUUUGGACUCCGAAUAGAUGCAUAUCGCUCAUGGUUUUGGCGAACAUAUGCACCCUCACUCAGGAAAUGCGGUGGAGCACACCCUUGCUCUGUCGAAUGCUCGACGGCUGGAGCCAAAAGGCGAGCCUAGCUUGCAGAACGCUCUAGGAAUGGCACGCAGCAACCUGUCGUGAGUCGUUGUGCUGAGGGGAGUCCCAGCUCAGUGGGCUGAAUAAGCGGCGCUUUGUUUCUGCCUCAGCCAUCUGCCAUCUUCCUCCUCGCGAGAAAUUGUGGUCUUGUUCGGCAGUUUGACCACGUGCGACCCUUCAAACAUCCACACGACUAUUGCUACGCUAGCGACCGAGCAAAUACGCGUGUCCAUGGUAUGCCUGGCUGCAGAAGUCAAGGUGUGCAAGACGGUGUGUCUGCGAACAGGAGGCUCCUUUGCAGUGGCCCUCAACGAAGGUCAUUUGCACGAUGCGCUCUUCGAGUUGGUUCCCCCUCCCGAAGUUACCAAGGCGAACAAGACGAAGAAAGAAGGAGAUCAGGCAAUGGAGUCGGAAGAGGACGAUCAAUCCACGGCAGACCUGCUCGCUAUGGCUUUUCCACUUCGGUUGCCCGAGUCUUCGAAACCGUCCCUAUGCGCUUGCCAUGGGCGGGUAAAACAUGGAGUCAGCUUUGUAUGUCCGAGAUGCGAAGCCAAGAUAUGCGAUGUGCCUACAGACUGCCCUAUAUGCGGUAUCACUGUGGUGCUGAGCACGCACUUGGCCCGGAGUUAUCAUCACCUGUUCCCGACACCGUACUAUCGACCUGUCAGCUGGGAAGAGUGAGUGGUCUUCGUUUGUAGGCAACACUGUGCUUGGACAGUCCUGUUGACCGCGUCUGAUUGUUUUUCGCAUCUCGAAAGGCUCGAACGGGAUUCAUCGGCUUCAUCCUGCUGUGAAGGAUGUGAUUCGGCGUUUCCCCACGCCGCCAAGAGGCCAGCGCAGCAGCAAUCCACGAACAGACCCGGCUCUCAGAAUGCGGCAUCUGCGGUCAAUACGGCUGUGGCCGCCGCAGCGAACAGUAAUCCCACUUUCACAUCGGGGCGGUCAAAUGGUGCUACCGCCAACAAUACGCAAAGUUCGACUGUAUCUCCGACAGGCAGAUACGCUUGCGAAGUGUGCGAGUCGCACUUUUGCAUAGAGUGCGAUAGCUACGUUCAUGAGAUAUUGCACUUGUGCCCGGGAUGCUCGUAAAGACAUCUCGAGAGCAUCGAUGCGCACGCGUCUGUUAUCGCAAGACUAGAGUAACCUCACCCACCAUCGUCUGUACCACUUCAUCUGUAAGAGUAGCACGCUAUAGUCAGUCCCAAUGCAACCGAAAUCGCAAGUCAAGCUUCAUUUGCAUGAACGCGCUCCUUCCCCCGACACUGCGCCGCGAACGCUUCCAAAAGGCCUCCUCCCUCUCGACCUCUUUGCUCGGCUCGUGACCAUCUGGCCGUUGCAAGUGACAGGUCUUUAUGCGCUUGCUGUCCACGAGCCAGGUGGUAUCGGACUCACGAGUCUUAAAUGGUCUUGACAGUGUGUGUCGAAAAUCUCCCUCUCUUGCCCGCCAAUUCUUGAUUCUCCACUCAACUGCGUGCAUUCACUGCAGGUCACGUGACAGCAUUUGACCUUUCUUCUGUGCAUCGCUUUGGAAGCGCACCAAACAGAACGCGUGCAGUCCAUGAGCGCAAACCAUGAAGUGAGGCAUGAGUGAUCGAGCGUUGCACACACCACGGUUGCGCAAUGAGCUCGAAGCGGUGAUUUUGCAGUCAUUGAGUCAGACAUAGCCAUCGGAUCGAACCUCUCAUUGCCGACAUCGCGCAUUUGUCACAAAACUCGCCAUUGGACUUGCGACUACGUCGUGACGUAGCACCUGGUCGAGACGAGACCACCCUCGCACUGACGCGCUCCGGGCCUUCGCGCUGCUCGAUCCUCGACACGCACUGCGUCCACCGAUGAUCAGUGCUUCCGCCAACCUUUCGGCAACUCUCUAGUGGUCACUGGGCGGGGCGUUGUAUCCCCCCGAGACGAGUUUGGCGAUGCUCCUUCAUGUCACUCAAGCCCCGCUGUGGCUACUGGGCGGGAGCGGUGACGUGGAAAGCCAGCGACUGUUGGGCGUGCCGUCGCAAGUGCCAGCUUCGACGUCCUCGGCUCCUCAACAGCCACUUGGAAGCUCGCUUCGAUUGGCUGAUGGAAGUCUGAUUGUCCUACGAACGUUACCACCUGCGAUUCUUGAGAUCCGAUUCAUCCCUUCCUCGCGUCUACCUGAAGAUGGCAGAGCUCCCGCCUUCUCGCAACUCGCACAACCCAUCCUGCUUCGAUUCCCUUCACCUAUCUUGCCAGAGCCCAGCGUGUGGAUUGAUGCGAGGCAGACGCUUCACAUCGUCGCAGCAACAUCGACGGCUCUUCAUCGCGUCUCUUUCACCGCUGCAGAUCUUUCGACGGUCGAUGGCCCUCACAACGACAGAAAGGAAAACUCGACCUCUGGCAGAUCGCAAAGACGCGAAAUUCCUAACACAGCCUCGAGAAGCAUCGAGUCUGCGCAGCUCAAACAAGAGUGGCAUGCAGAGCUGGCUCUGGACAAGGUUCAAAGGAUACACGCGUGCGAGGAGGGAAGGGUCGUCGUGCAAUGCGCCAAUGGGCUUCUCAUAGCGGAACAGAACAGAGCUGGAGAUGGCAGCGGCGCUUUUGAAGGUAAGUCGGCGUGCUCAGACCUCCCAUGGAUGUGGCCCGACUUGUGUAUGCGAAGGGAAACACGUGGAUGUGCGACUGAAAACGCACUGCGCUACCGUCUCGCUGAAUGUUCAAACACCCAGGCCCUUGGAGGACGACGGAUCUUCGUGCGGGCUCUUUCUUUCGAACAUUGACGAGGUACUUCGCAAGACCUGCGCCGACCUCGCCAGGCUCGAGCAACAGCCAGAACGCGUCAUCGGCACCUGCACCCAUCUCAUCUGAUCGGACAGCACUCUCCAUCGCCAGCGCGAGGAGCUCUUCUUCCAAUGAAUAUGAAAGGAAAAUCAAUCUGCGAUCAGCUGCUCUUCAAUCAGUCUCGCUCGUCUUCAGCGUUCACGCAGACGCCAGAUUGCGGAUUUGGGAUAUCAUAUCAGCCUCCUGCAUUCGAGAGAUCGCACUGCCCGCCUCCGCGCACCCUUCAGACGUCAAUCAACCUCUGCAAUCCUUCCCUCCCAACGCACUGCCGCAAGUCAAAGCAUAUUCGACAUCUCACAGCAUUCGGUUGCUGAUCUACGUUCCUGCGGCAUCGAGGCGGUUCUUUGCUUGCUUCGACGUGUCCCUGCUCGACGCUCCCGGCGCUGUUGGGGAUGUCUCUCUCGCGUGGACGAGGGAGGAAGACUCGGAAACACGAAGGAUCCGACUCGCAGACAUGCACCUUGGCACGCUGCAAGAAGAGACGGACGAACUGUACGCAGAUACACCAAGCGAGAUCCUGUGGGGUGUAUGGGAAGACGAGGUAGCGGCACACAUCGCAUGGCUGCCCCUCAAUGCUAUGGAAGCCCCUCAACAGGACAACGAGGAUGCGCAUUAUAGCUGGUCGAGCGCGUACACGGCUAAAGCUCAUCCACCUCUGCACGGCCCCUCCUUUGACCGCGAGCUGGAAGCAUCAGAUGACGUCCCGUCUUUCUUUCUCAAACGCAUCUUGCACACUUCGCGCUUUGCGCCUUACUUGGCAAGCACCUUGGACACUUAUGCCAGUGCACUCGGCUCUAAUUUGGAUCAGUCAGCGACAAGACCGCCGGCACUACGCGGACAGCCAAUCUUCCAAAGUAUUGCCGAACGCAUCGCCUCGACUGUCGCAGCUGGUGUGCAGCUUCGGACGGACUCGCAUACGGGUUCGUGGCGAACGGACGCAUUUCAGGCGGCGGUCGCGCGAGAGUGGACAGCAUUUUCUAGAGCUUUGGAAGCUCGGGCUGCUGAAGAUCAAGCUCCGCUCGCCUUUCUCCCUAGCGAGACGGCCACCCCUCGUCUGCUUCUCGCUGGUGCAAUCGCGACAUUGUCGAGCCCGGACGCCGCCAGUUUACUAGCUCGCUGUGCCGAGUCAGAGCAUAGCAAGACCGCUGCAAAGGGCAGAGCUGUCCUUCGCGCGGCAAAAGAGCAAGACAAUCUCCAGAAACGAGUCGAGGCCAGUGGGCUACUUUCGCGAAGCGAGGCCCGGACUCGUGCACACUGGCAAUUGGUCACAGCAGCAGCGCGUUUCGAGGCUGCCCUGGGUGCAAACGCGUCUCUCUCUUUCCAACGGAAUCUUGAGCUCGCGUUGGAUGCCGUCACACCUCUUGACGUAUCGCUUGUGGACCUCGGAGACUCUCUGAUGCUCGAUCUACAGCCUGAGAUGGCCGAUCUACAUGCGGUGCGCGAAGCAUGCGCAUCGCUCGGAGACGACCUCUUAAGGGCGCUGGAUGAUUUUGGCAAACUUCUUUGCAGUGGCACUGGCGACCGCAGGUCUGGCUCGAGCGAAUUGGCUGAAGUCCCCACACGGCUUCAUGCUGCCCUUCUAGCGGACGCGACUCAGCGAUCACUGCUCGCUCGCCAGAGGGUGGCUCGGUCGUUUGUUUUGUUCCUUGUUGCCCUGGCUCAGCUCGAUCCUCUGGACAAUCUGGACACGGGAGCUCAUCGCGCGAUCAGAGCCCGUGCGAUUGUCUCCUUGCACGACAUUGGAACUCUUGUGGACCUUCUUCAAAUCAGCGGGGAGACCGAAGUCGAUGUGCCAACCUUCCAAGAAGCGCAGCCCAAUGACGCCGACGCCGUUGUGCAGGCUUUGGGAGACAUGAGCGUAGAAGCGACCAGACACACUUCUGCGCUCCAUCGGGCUCGCCCAGCGCUGCAUGGCGCGACAUCUGGCUUGAUUCAUCGCCUCAUCCUUUCUGGAUUCCUACCACUACUGGACGCCACGCAUCCAGGAGCGGCAGCGGGAGAAUUGCUGCGUGAAUCGCGCUGGCUCGACCCUGCUGCCCUCCAUGCUACAGCGGAAACGCUGAUUGAUAACCUCCGAACAGAGGCACACCUCACAGAACCUCUUGUUCGGCUUGCUGCGCAACUCCUCUCCUUAGGCCUGCCCAGCGCUACCCUCACGAUGGUCGACAGGUACGAAUCUUGCGCCGCUUCCCACUUCGCGCGAGGUUCUGCCCUCGCAGCACUGGGUGAAGCCGGGCUCGCUUCUCAUUCCUUCGAACUAGUAGCCACGUGGCUCUAUUCUCACGACGACCUGUUUAUGAGGGAUGACGAAGAUGGGCAGGGCACAGGUUUAGCGCUACUGUUGCCACAGCAAGUCCGCGAAGCGAUGACCAGUGACUCCAGACUAGCGGCCUUCUACGCAUACACCUCAGACGUUUUAAUGACUGUUUCUCCGUCCCAGGCCGCUUAUUUUGCAGGAAAGGCGCUGUCUUUGCCUCCGACGCCCCACGGUAUCAACAUGCACGCCCGCAUUUUUGGAAUCAGGCUGUCAGAGGGCGAUUUUGCGGGAGCUCAUGCGCUGCUACUGACUGCGCCGCGCGAGAGGUCGCUCAACGACCUGCUGAGGCAACUUGUAGGAGCCAUGUGCGAGUCCGGCGAGGUCCAUCAGCUCCUUGCAUUUUCUUUCCCAACAUUGCAACCCGAGAUGGAGCGCACACUUGCUUUCAAAGCACGCAAUUCGGACCCUAUAGGCGAACCGAACUAUUACUACAUCCUCUACGCCUAUCACAUUCAUCGCGGUGAUCUGAAGAGUGGUGAGUCGGCUAUGUAUGGGGCAUCGCACAAGACUCGUCUUGACUGAGACCUCCGUUGCAUCUUUCUCGCUGUCAGCUGGUGCAACAAUGUAUCAGCAUGCUCAGCACUUGGCCAGUCUGCAGCGCGAGCGAUCUACGCUGUUCUCUGCCCAAUCAGCUGUGGAUGCAUUUGCAGAAAUAGCUAUUCUGCAAGCACGUUCAUACCUCGCAGCUUGCAACGUGCUUGCUCUCGUGCCCGAGAGGGAUGCCUGGUUCGGAGACGCUGCGUUAGGCCAUGACGAGGAUGAAGAUGAUCUCUUGCCAUACAUUUCGAGCACGAGUCAGGCUCGUAAACCACAGCAGAGUCGAACAAGUCUUACUUCCUACAUUCCCGACGAGCUGUGGAGCAAUCAAACUCAGGAAAUCAAGAUCGUCUCUGCUGACGAUGUCAAGCGCCGAUAUCGCCUGACCCUGGCACAUCUCGAGCUUUUGCAGCUCUACCCCGAAUUCGCUACGACCGGUGAGUCUUGCUUGGUAUCAGGUUUGUAGUUUCUCGGCAAUCUGCUGAGACUUCCGAUGUAUGUUGCUAGCGACGCACCUCGACUCAUCCAACGUGGUACUUUUGUACACUCGUAACGAUCAAUACGACAAGGCAAUCUCGGUAGCACGAGCACUGCAGGUGGACAUGAGCGGAAUCUUUAAUAGUCUUGCCACAAAAUGUGUUGGGCUUGCUCAAGGCCGUCAAUCGAGACUACGAGCACAGCAGUCGUCCGAAAUCGGAGCCAAGGCCUUGCACCCUCUCAUGGCGGAGUUGCGAGACGAUGAGGAUGCAGACGGCAACGAAGGCGAAGCAGCGUUUCUCAUAUCUGCUGAAAGAAGCGCUGGUUGGCAAGGACCAGCAGCGGACCGAGCGUGGAAAUAUCUACAGCUGCACCUGGAAGCUCAGGACGCACGCGCUUCACAGUGGAAGUAUCGAGUCGUGGUGCUUGAGCGCGUUCUUAGCCUCGGGGCCGCACACCUCAUCCCGGAAUGGCUCUUGGAUUGGUUCAAGGUGAGCAGAUGCACAGUGCACACCGCACCCUUGCACAGAUCACUUACGUCUCGACAACUCCCAUUACGCGACCUCAGCAAAAUCAACCCACGCUGUUGGUGCAGUCAUGCAUGCGAUGUGGUCUACUAGACGACGCUCUACGGCAUGCAAAUGACAUGGUCAAGGAGGUGAGCAUCUCCGCAUCUCGAUGUACGUCUAGUCCCGUUGAACGCUGCUGACUGUGUCAACUCCCUCCCUAGGCUCAGGCAAAGCGUCUUGACGAGCACGCAAGCAGUUCGUGGCUGCCCUACAACCUGAUCGACACUCUUCUGCAGCAAUCCGAAGAUCCAAAUUCUAGACCGCCACAUGGAAGCUCCUCUGCAACUGCGACGAGAGAGCUGGCGCAGGCUCUGCGCAGCUCCAUUCGAGAAUAUGUCGAGAAGCUGGAGGGCAAAGAGCGAGAGAUGAGGCGGUACGCCGAUAAAGCAGAGCUAACGCGCAGCAGGAAGCUUCAGCACGGAGGCGACCCUGAGAUGGACUGGGCGCCAUGA